AUGAUAUAAGAAGUGAAUUCUUUUUUUGACAUCCCAGAGAAUCAAGGAAAAUCCUCUAAAAUCUGGUAACCUGUCAAUUUGGAAAUAUAUAAUGUAAUAUUCAUUUUAUAAACGCUUCCAAGAAUGACAUCAUAGUUUUUUAGGAUGACUGCAACAAAAUCAGUAAAAAAUCGAAACAACCAAAAUCGAUAACAAUAUAAUUAGGAAAUGAGCAUAUUUAUCAUAUUAAAGACUCAAAUAUAACUUAGCUUAAUAUAACGGUAGCUGUUAUGACAACUUACAAACAUGACCAAUUUGGCAAUAUCAUUAGAAUUUCUCGAAAUGGAAAAUUUGUUGAUUUUUAAUUAGAUGAUUAUGCUGUAUUUAAGAAUCUGAUGUCAUCAAGAUGCUUAUAAACAUCAUUUCAUGAUGAAUUUGGAGUUACAAAGAUGAUAGGAAAAGGAAGUUUUGCAAAAGUGUAUUUCGCUACAAAGAAAUCCACAGGAUGUAAUUACGCGGUCAAAGCAUUCAAUAAAGAAUUCAUGUAAGAGUAAUUCAAAGGAAGGGAAUCAUUAGAAAAUGAAAUCAAAGUCAUGAGACGUUUAAACUAAGAAAAUCUAGUAAGAUUAUACGAAACUUAUGAAACCCAGAAUUCAAUCUAUUUUGUAUUAGACAUAUUAAAAGGAGGUGAACUCUUAACUCGAGUCAAGUAAUCCCCCCUAAGUGCUCCAAGUUUAUAAAAAUUAAUGUACAAUUUGAUGAAAGCAUUAUGUCAUUUGCAUUCUAAAAAGUGUAUGCAUAGAGAUUUGAAACCUGAGAAUUUAUUAUUAAAAGAAAAAGAUAAUGACACAGACAUUGUUAUAGCAGAUUUUGGAUUAGCUAGCUUCUUAAAUGAAGACAUCUUAUUUAAAAGAUGUGGAACUCCAGGAUUUGUGGCUCCUGAAAUAUUAUUAUACAAAGAAGGUGAUCCGUUUUAUGAUGAAAAAUGUGAUGUCUUUAGUGCAGGUGUUAUUUUUUAUGUUCUGCUAACAGGAAGACAACCAUUUUAAGGAACUGAUUACAAAGGUAUUUUAAGAGCAAAUAAAAAUUGUGAAGUUAAUUAUGAACUCAAAUAGAUUCAAACUGUAAAUAACAUAUGAUUUUUAAUAUAGGCACCACUUUAAUUGGUAGAUUUAUUAAAGAAAAUGUUAUGUCCAGAACCAAAGACAAGAGUAUCUUCAGAAGAAUGCCUAAAACAUCCAUAUUUCAAGGAGAUCUUUAAGGAAUAAGAUCUGAUAAAUGUUUAAGAGAGUCUUAGAGAUUACGAUAAGGAUUUUGUCUAUGGACUAGGCAAAUAAUAAGGGUAAAACAGUAAUUAAUAUCAAAGACCUCCAAGCUAAGUUGGUUCUAUGCAAUUGCAAUAAAGAUAACCAGCAUUGAAUGGAAGAAUUGACACUAUGGGUUCCUUUUCAAAUGUAUCUAAUAAUGGAUCAGUUACGAGAUUAGAUUAGAAACCACAAUUACAAUAAAGUAAAUUUAGUUAAUUUGGACAUAUAAAUAAACAGUAGCCUUAAUCAGAUGCAAGUAAGUCAUUAGAAUAUAUAGACUCACCUUAAAUGAAGAAGAACUUGUAAUCGGAUCUACGUAAGACAGCAUUAAAAAAUUCUUUUUAAUAACAAAUUAAUCAACUGAGCAAAGAUGAUGAUUGUGUUAAUGAUGAAGCUGCUCAUUUAGAAGAUGCAAUAUCUAAAUUGAAUGCUUAGACACCAAAAAUGGGAGGAUUAAAAAAAGCAAGCUCAUAUAAAAUACCAAAAUCAUCAAUGGAAUGA